AUGCAGGGCUCUGCAUCCUACCCUGCUGCUCUUGGGAGCAGCAAAUGGAUCGCGAGCUUCCUAGCUAGGCACCGAUAUGACGAUGGCAUCUACGCCCGUACUUCUACCAGACCCUCUUCGCCGCAAGAAGUCAAAUUCCGUGACUUUGUCAAGAAGAGUAAAGCUGAGCUGAAAAAUGUAUUCUCUGCGAAUGAAAAGAAAAAGUCCGAGGAGGGCGUCGAUGAACUACGCAACGCGAACGACACCGGCCCAGAACGAAAGAACAAGAAACUAUCCUGGGCAAAAAUAUUCGAUACAAAGUCAGGAAACAAGCUUCAUAAGCGAGCAAAGUCCGCUCCGGGUGACAUUCACGUCCCACAUCAGCUUGAUCCUAUCACCGAAGUCGGUGAAAGUAGGGAGACACAAGUCGACCUCGUAUCUGCCAACACUUCAUCACGAAAGCCUGUUGGCGAGAACCAUCAGUGCUCUACUAGUCGUCAGACGGACGGCGACGACGUGUCUGUUUUGACAACAUGCACAACUAUAAUCCAGCAAGCUAACCUUCAGGGCGUCUCUGAAGGGAACGCCCGUGAUGCCGCUACCAACGAUGAAAGCAUCGCGAUCGGCGGGCGAAACUGUACAUCCAACCUAGCCACGCAUCUCAGCAGUGGAAACUCAAACAACACUGAAGACGAAUAUCCUUCUCAAGAAGAAAGCGACAACACAUCAGAUGGCUGUGUAGCCUCAAUGGCACGUUACGAGCUUCUUACAUCUCAAAGAGAAUACUUUGUUGCUCUACAGAAAGAUAUUACUCUACAGAGAGAGAAGGCUGAGCGAGAGCGCAUUGAUCUACGGACAUACAUUACUAAAUAG